CACAGGGAGUUUUUAAAAUGCAGUUUCGCUAAACAUUACGACUAACUUUAUAAAUAUAUACUUAUGCCGUGAGAAACGUCAUUGGCCAUUCCGGCGAGGCGAUUGCUGCUGUCUGGACAAUUAUAUAGCAAUAGUCAAGUCAAGUAUGCCGUUCUACUUACGUCGGCAAACCAUUUUGUUGGUUGGUUCUAAGUUACUCAGCUCUCUGUAUUUUGUUGUUUCGUUCUAUGGCUAGUUCGCGCUCGAUCUUCAUGAAAUAUAGUCUUAGCAAGAAAAAAAAAACACUGUGAACAAUAGUUUGUUUUAAUAGUGUUGUUAUUACUUUGCCAUCAUGGCGAAUCCUAGAAAGUUUAGUGAAAAAAUUGCUUUGCACAAUCAAAAGCAGGCUGAAGAAACUGCAGCAUUUGAGCAAAUCAUGAGAGAAGUGUCGGAUGUAACUGCUAAGCCCGAGGAAUCAGCAUACUCGCAGCCUGACGAUAUAACGCUGGCGCAGUUUGGUCUGGCAUCGAUACAAACUCAUGAAUGUCUUACUUCACCUUGCUCUCCGACUUCUACAAAGCAUCCACUGCACCAAGCACAACAAUAUCAUCAGCAAAGAGAAUCUCGAUCUAGAGGUAAUAUAGGACCCAUGCGAGCACGACCUGCAGAGCGAAAGGUUGAUACGUCACCAUAUGGUGGAUCAUAUUUAAGCCCUCCGCCGGGAGAUGGUGCCUGGCGAAGAGCUAGCUCCGAUAGCGCCCUGCACCAAAGUGUUGUUCAAGCAGGUUCUCAGGAAAGUUUGGGCUUGCAUCACUCUCUAUUGACGAAUUCUACACAACCCCGUCGUGAUACCUAUUUUGAGCACUCGGUUCAACCACCUAUGGACGGCAGGCCUCGAUCAUCCUGUGAAGUUCCACGAGUUCCAGGAAUUAGUAUAUAUCCAACACAUGAUUCUGGCACACUUCAAAUUCCCAUUGGAAAUAAUACAGGUUCUUUACCUGAUCUCACAAGUGUUCAUUUUCCUUCGCCAUUGCAUACAUCACAUGACCAAGAAGAAGUGCAGCAUAGUGGCUCUCCAUAUAAUUCGAAUCAUUUGUCAGUCCCUGUUAACCAUAGAUACUCGCAACGCACCAAGGCUUCGCACGAGAAUUCAUUUCAAAGUUGUUCAAGUCCUAAUGAUAUAAACUCAGGGAGACGGCAUAAUCUUUUUUGCGGGCAAACGAGUCCUAGAAAUACAUCUCACGUUUUAUAUGGAUCUCAUGGGAACUUAAAUAUGUCGCAACAAUCACCAAAGAUGAGUGCUGUAGGUGUCGGAGGUUAUCGUAGUCCUGGUUUGCGUCCUAGUCCUGGUUCGAGUCCUGGCGCUACCGGUGGUGAUAGUGGUGGCGGUGGAAUUUCUACAGACCAUAGCGCUCCUUGCAGCCCGCGUGAGGCUGUGCAUAGCGCUCCGUAUGUUCGCGGUACUUCUUAUCAUGGGGGUGAAGAUGGAUUUCUUCUUACACAAAUGGCGCUGCAGCAGCAUUUUGAGCAGUGUUCCAUGUCCGAAGUUAGCGCGGAAGAUGUAGCAAGUCUGGUUAAUGCAGAGUUGGGUCAGCAGGAUAACGGUUAUUUCAGCACAUCACCUUCUACAAUGCCUUACGGAAAUCAUGACACCACGCCUAGACAAACGACGCCUCAGACUCCAAAUACACCCACUAGUAUACCGGACAUAAUCUUAACAGAUUUUUCAAAUGGUACUAGCGGAACAGAGCUAUCGAAGGAUUUGAAUUCGGCAAUUACAGGACAUUUUGAUCACAACCUGUUCCCUUCGGAUGAAAGUCUGAGAGAAGGAUUAGAUCCCAUAGACUUUGACGGCCUGCAGAUGUUGACUGAUCCUGAAAUGAAUGUUAUAACGGACCCUUCAACAGAAGACACCUUCCGAUUAGACAGACUGUAGUUAAAGGACAAGUGCUUUUUAAAAAUUAAUAAAACAUCUCACGUUUCUAAAAGUGUUGUGUUAUAUAAUAAAGUUGUAUCCACAUGAAACCAUUUAUUUAGUGGCAGAACUGAUUCUAUGUCCACCGGUUGUUUUUUAAAGCAAUUGUGGUCAAAAUGUUUUUGGACUGAUAAAAAACAUUUGUUACUGUGAUUUUUUAAAAAUAUUAUUAAUACAAUAUUAUGUAUUUAAAUGUUUAUAAUUCGUAUGCUGUAGUGAGUGAUACAUAGUCUCCUAUAUACUUAUUGGUGAGAUUUUGUGAAAAUGGUGAAGGGUUCAAAGGACAAAUACUUCUAA